AUGACGUACGAGACGAUUUCGGUUCGCAUGAACCGUUCGGAUCGCAACAUUCGAUGGGGAUUUUCCGUAAGACAACAAGCCGAUGGGCUCAUCAUCGAUAGGGUUGAACCGGAUUCGCUUUCCGACAAAGCCGGAGUCAAACACAAUGAUAAAGUGGAGCAGAUCAAUGGAAGAAGCACCCGUGGUCUUGACGCGAAUACCGCAAAUCGAAUGAUCGAUGAUUCGUUCAACGAGGUUCGACUUUCUCUUCAAAGAUUUGUCACAUCUCACACCUGCCUUCCAUGGACUUUGAGUGAGAAGGACAACAAAAUGGUUGUCGAAGAGAUCAAACCAGGAUUCGGAAGUGGAUUCGGUGGAACUACCCAUUUCAAUCAGAACAGCAACUUCCAUAGCCAAAAUCAGUAUCAACACCAGCAACAACAACAAUACCAACCAACUUAUGGUGGAGGUCAUAGCCCAAGUGGCUUCGGUGCUCAUAACGGCUAUUCUCAAUCGAAUCAACACCAUCAACAAAGCAAUCAUUCCUCAUUCCAUGAGAAGGUCGUCCCUGUGCAACGGGCUCCGUUCACGAGCAAUUAUUCGAAUGGCAAUCAACACGUUUCAUCGACAACUAAUUACAUUAGUCCACCGCGUGAAAACUACAAUUCCACUCCGGCAGCGUUCGGAAAUAGUAACGGAUAUUCUGGAAAUCGACUUUCGCCGGCUCCUCCAACAUCCUACAGCUACAACAAUGGAGCAACGCUGCAAUCGUAUGGAAAUGGAGCUGGAGGAACUCCACUCAACCAAAUGACAUUUAUUAGCACCUCGCCAACCCCUGGAUCUUAUGGGCAUGGUGCAGCUGGUGGGCUUUCGCCAGGCAAAUCCCUCUAUCAUUCGCCAAGCACCAGAACUCGCAAUGACUUAUCACCAGGAGCAUCGGUUCACCAUCUUCAAUACAACUCUCCAAUGAAUUUGUAUUCUUCACAAGCUUGUGCUGAGCAAUAUGCGAUGCAAACUGGCCAACAACUUGACGGUCAAAUUCCUCAAGGCAAGACUCCGGCAUAUUUGACAUCUGAAACGAAAAAAUUGAUCGAGGAGGAAGCACGCGGUAGAUCAACACGUGGAAAGUCGCCGUCAAGCCAAAGCUCGUGUUUCAAGAGAAUUGCUCAUGCCGUUGGAGCAGACGCUUGA